GUCACAACUGACCGGAAAGAAGCCGGCUGCAAGCAAAGACGCCUCUCUGCGAAGCGCCCUGCCAGUUCCGCUUCCGAGGUUGGAGGUUGGGCAGCGGUGAGGGACCGGGCGGGCGAGCGAGCGAGCGAAGCAGCCACGAUGCUGAUCAAAGUGAAGACGCUUACCGGAAAAGAGAUAGAGAUUGAUAUAGAACCUACAGACAAGGUGGAAAGAAUAAAGGAGCGAGUAGAAGAAAAGGAAGGGAUUCCUCCACAACAGCAGCGACUCAUCUAUAGCGGCAAGCAAAUGAACGACGAGAAAACCGCCGCCGACUACAAGAUCCAGGGCGGAUCGGUUCUUCAUUUGGUCCUAGCGCUGCGUGGAGGAGGCCUGCGAUGAUGGAGCAUCUCGCCCCGCCACGUCCCCCUCUUCCCCAGACCCACUGGAUGUGUGUGAGCCCAACCCUUGGAUGCGUGGGAAGCCCGUCGGGCGCACCACAUCCUGCAGCUUUAGUUUCUUCCUAAUUCCAGGAGGACUGCCUGCCACCGCCGCCCCUCCCAAAGUUUUUUUUUUUUAAGCUGUCAUUGGGAAGGGUGCGUUUUAGGGGGCAGGGUGCUCUAAGUUAUUGGGGUGCAGCAUCCGGCUUCGGCCCGGGGUCCUGACUGCAUGUGAAUAAGGAUUCAUCUGCUGGUUUUCACCCCCCCUUGUUCAAGUCUCCCCCCCCUUAC